AUGUCUUUCAGAGGUCUCAGCCGGCCAAAUGCUUCAUCUGGCAUGGGUGUUGAUGAGAUCAGCAAGAGCACGUUCUUGGAAUUGAAGCAAAAGAAGGUUCAUCGUUAUGUUAUCUUUAAGGUUGAUGAGAAGAAAAGAGAGGUUGUAGUUGAGAAGACUGGUGGUCCUGCUGAGAGUUAUGAUGAUUUUGCUGCUUCUUUGCCUGACAAUGAUUGCAGAUAUGCUGUGUUUGAUUAUGAUUUUGUUACUUCUGAUAAUUGUCAAAAGAGCAAAAUCUUUUUCAUUGCAUGGUCUCCUUCAACUUCUCGAAUCCGCGCCAAGAUGCUCUAUGCCACAACUAAAGAAAGGUUUAGACGUGAGCUAGAUGGUGUCCAUUAUGAAAUCCAGGCUACUGAUCCCACAGAAAUGGAUCUUGAAGUGCUGAGGGACCGAGCACACUGA